UCGUGAGACAUUGGAUAUUGGAUAUCUCUAUCGUGGUUUGGCAACAAUGAUCUCGUACUUGUUUGAUUAUUAAAUUUUGUCAACAAAGAGUUUCAAAUUCAAAAAUUGAAAAACAAAAAUCAUCCACAUAAAAAAGGUGUUAAUAAAUAAUCAACCAUCAUGGAACAAGACAGAUAUUCUUUAAUAAACCAAGUUAAUUCAAAUCAGGAAUCAGGUUAUGAAUCCAACGCUAGUAGUUUACUUCACGAAGGAACUCCAAAUCGAUUUCGACAGUACUUUGCAGCACUAGCAGCCACAUUCUCAGCUUUAGCAGCUGGUACCGUACUUGGAUGGACUUCACCGAUUCUGGACGACCUUCAAGCUGGUAAAUAUCACAAUAUUUCACUGGACCGCAACCAAAUAGGAUGGACAGGUUCAUUUGCCACUCUUGGUGGAAUGGCCAUGUGCAUUCCUACUGGAUUCAUCUGUGACAUCAUUGGACGUAAAAAAACCCUUUUGUCAUUAUUUAUCCCCUUCAGCGUUGGAUGGUUACUACUGAUAUUUGCGGAUAACGUGUUGAUGUUAUAUUUUGGACGUUUAAUAACUGGUUUAGCAGCAGGGGCAUGCUGCAUUGCAGCCCCAUUAUACACUAGCGAGAUCGCUCACAAGAGUCUGAGAGGGACUUUGGGAAGUUUUUUUCAGCUGAUGGUAACAAUAGGUAUACUCCUAGCUUACAUUUUCGGAAAAUUUUUGAACCCAAUACAUUUCACAAUCUGGUGCGCCUGCAUACCUUUCAUCUUCGUCAUUCUGUUUGUAUUUCAACCAGAAUCACCGAUAUUUUUGUUAAAGAUAGGACGCUACAACGAGGCAAGGUCGGCUUUAUCGAAACUUCGUGGCCCAACCUACAAAAUAGACACAGAAAUCAACGAGAUUGAAGGUUUUUUGAAAGAGAGCACCCAAACAGCUGUUUCCCUAUAUGAAACCUUCACUCAAAAGUCCGUUGUAAAGGCUUUAGUUGUAACUUCAUCUCUGAUGUUUUUCCAGCAGUUUAGUGGUGUGAAUGCCGUCAUUUUGUAUACUAGCGAGAUUUUUAAGUCUUCAGGCGUUAAUGUAGAUCCGAAAACUGCCUCUAUUAUUGUAGGAGCUUUUCAAGCGGUGGCAACUUUCGCUGCAUCCCUAGUAGUUGAUAGACUUGGUCGGCGGAUUCUACUUUUCGUUUCCACACUAUUUGUCACAAUCACUACAUUCUUAUUAGCCGUCUAUUUCACUCUCAAAUACCGAGUAGAUGUAGAUGAAACCAUUUUAGGCAAAGUCUGGUUCUUGCCAGUAGGAGCGCUGUGUAUUUUUAUGGUAGCUUUCUCUCUCGGUUUGGGUCCUAUUCCGUGGGUAAUUUCCUCUGAACUCUUUCCUACGGAGAUAAAAAGCAUCACCAGUUCGUCUGCCGGUACCAUCAACUGGUUUUUGGCGUUCAUACUCACUACAUUUUUCCUACAAAUUUCUGAUUUGAUAGGACAGGACGGCAGUUUUUACAUCUUCAGUUUCGCUUCUUUGAUUGGAGUAUUCUUCGUGUACAUUUUCGUGCCGGAAACCAAAGGAAAAAGUUUUUCAGAGAUACAGUUGGCGCUGAGUGAGUGACUUUAAGAAAUUAUAAAGAAAUUUAGGUAACCUUGUCUGGUAGAUAUUCGGAAAAAAUAUUCAAACAGAUUAUUUAUUUUCUUGAUAUCGUUACAUGUUCAAUCACAUAUUUUAAUAUUGAAAAAAACUUGAAAAACUAAAAAUGUCCUAGGUGUUAAUGCUAUUCUAAGGAUGUUAUGUAGUAAAACUGUUACAUAAGUGAGAUAUUUAUAUUGUAUAAUGGCAUUUACAGAAGUGAUUCCAUAUUCUAGUCAUGAUGUGCUUAUUAUAUUUUCUUAUCAUUAGAAGAAUGUCUUUUGAAAAUGGGUUGGUAUGAUGACAAAUUAUCAACAAGGGAAAAUGUAUAGAAUGGAGUUCUGUAAAGCGGAUGAGAGCCAUGUUACCAUGUUACAGUAUGAUAAUAUAAAGUAUAAGCAUUAGUACAAGGAAAACUUUUUCACUCGUUCAUUUUUGAUAUUAUUGGUUUGAUUUUUCUGUCAAUCCCACACAGCAACCAAAAAUUUGAUUUGUACGUGUUGUAUCUUUCCUUUACUGUAAUUCAGAAAAGCUACUUCCUCACUCGAGUUUCACUGGCCUUUUCAAUAAAAUCCCCUUUCGUAAUUACAUUAGAAAACGAAGAAAAUUAAGGGGUACAACACUCAAAUGCAGACACGUGUUUCUGUCUCGUUGGUUGUCAGUACGGCUAGCUAGCUAAGUACAACAAUGGGCAACCCUCAGUUGUGAUUACAAACGGGCUUGAAACAGGUACACGAAUGUACAGUGAACUUUAAUGGGGAUAUAUGAAACUGUACCACUGUAAGGAUUCAUUCAGUCACUAGUUCCUGGUGUGUUUUAAUGAAGUGUUCUGCAAAUUGAAACAUUAUUUUGGUCCAUGUGAUGUUUUUAUUCAAAUCGUUCCUGGAUUUCUUGUAUUUGAAUUACAUAUGCGACUUUUGAAUCUCAGAGGUACAGUAAUUUAUGUUCUAUACCAUCACAUGCACCAAUAAUUUGACUUACCUCAUUUACCAUAGGCGAUAAUAAAAAUAUAUGUUCUAUUUCCUUUUGGAAAUAUAAGUUUUUAAAAAAUAUUUAUUUUGAGUUACAGAAUACUAAAUUAUAAAAGUAACUAACGUGUUCUAAUAACUAACUUAUUUCGGUAUUUAUAGGAGAAUAAUUGUUUACAUAAGCUGAAAUUGAAACAAAGAGAAUGAAGAGUCUUUGUGUCUGUUGUCUUUGAAGAACUGCGUAUUAGCAGGUAUUGAUUCUGAAGCGUCAGCCUUGACAUUUGAUUUUGUUUACUCCAUGUCACCUUAGUAAUGAAUGGAGAAAGUCAAUAAACAACAUAACAUGUAUACAUUUUUUCUAUGGCAUAUGUUGAAGUGAGUUUUUAUUAAUUCUAAAGAGUAGAUACAGUUGCACUUUAUUUGCAGAGGUAGAUAAAGUAUUACUUUAAACGCAAUGACAGGUAAAGCACUAAUUUUUUUAUGAAACUACAACUCAUACAGUGAGGCAAAUAUUUUGUUAAUAUCUUCCACCUCCUCCUCUGACUCAGAAAGCAGUUUCAUGUUCUUCACCUUUUUCUCAGACAUUAUAAUAUUUGAGAAAUAAAACGCAUUAAAUAUUUAUUGCGUUUUAUUCAGUUUCAACACACAGAAAUAAAAAUUUGAUAAUAAAUCCCAUAGCAGAUCAUAUUGUUGAAACAAUUUAUAGUUUUUAAAAUAUGUACUAUUAGGCAACAUGAAGUUCAUUUCUACUUAGUGGCGAAAACAUUGAUAAAAAAUGUUUUUCAAAACACAUAUUGCAACACUUAUAGAUCUCGGAAGAGAAAAUAGAGUGUUUUUCAAAGUGAAUUAAUUUAUUGCAUAUUAUAAUUUGACUCUGUCUGUCUCAGCUAAUAGUGAAAAGAAAAAGUGAUGAAUAAAAUACUGUUAUUGAACAUCAAAAUAUUUAAAACAAUUUAUUAACACACACACACACACACUAUAUCAUCUUUGUUCCAUUUUCAAAGUGCUGAAACUUUCAAUUAAAUGCAGGUAAAUGAGUGAAAUCUUAAAUGUGCCUUAUACUUGAACAUAAACUGAUCUACUUAUUGAAAAUAUCUAAAGACUGUACUGGUGAAAAAACUAAUCAUCCAAUAGUGAUACAAAUAUAUCUUAUCACAGAUUCAUCUCUUUCCAACCUAUUGAAACUUGUACUACUGGUUUUCUUCAAUCAUCUAGUUGCCUAUUUCAGGCUUUUGCAUGGUUGUUCUGGAAAAAUAUACUGUAAAAUCUAUGAUUUUUGAAGAGCUUCAAAAAGUAGUUUCAUUAUUUUCAUUCUGCUUGGGACCAACAUUAACCUAUUAUCUCAAAACCAUAUUGCCAACACACAAAAAUCACUAUCGGAGUUAUUAAUGGUGAUGGGCUACUUUAUUUGAAGUGAAUGUAUAUGGGUCAAAGUAUUUUGUGGACUUGAUGGCUGUAGUAUCAAGGUUUGUAAGCAUGCCGUUUCGUCUACGACUGCGGUAGAUGUUAUCAAAGGCGAUGAGACAACGGACAAAGUGUUCUGGUUGUCAUCAAAGCACCGCAGUCGUAGGCAAAACAUUAGGCAUAAAAUGUGCAGACCACGGUCAGCAAACAGAAAAAAUAGCGUUGACAAAAUUGUCUCCGGUCGUGAAAGUUUAUACUCUCUCAUCAAUAUAUGUUUGCUAUAAAUAUGGAUGUAAAUAUUGUUGCAUUUGAUCACACUUUGAAUUGAAAUAGAAACAAUGAAUAUUAUUAUUCAAAUUCAGUUCCUACACCUACUCUAUCUGAUCACUGUUAUUUGGUUUCUCUAUAUUUUUUCAUUCUGAUUUUGAUGCAUUGUCUUGUUAACUGUUCCUUAAGCUCAUUUCUUGUUCUUUCAUUCAUUACAGUUUUUCAGCACUUCAAGGGGGGUAUAUUUACAAUAUUUUACAGUACACAUAGGUUAUCAAUACACUUCGGCUCUGCCCAUAUCUGCGAUCUUGUCUAAACAACAAAACGCAAAUGUAGCCAUAGCCUUAGUCUCUUCGUUGUUGAUUUCUAUAUAUUUAUUAUAUAUUCGUAUUUAUGCUUAGAAAAUGUUUGUUAGUGUUUGUGUACAAAUAUAUGACCGAAAAAAUAUAAA